CCUGCGCCUUUCCACCCGCAACCCAACAGUAAAGAAACCGGCGUACGCGGCCGCGCACACGGCACACCCCUCUCUCUCCUCGCAGCCGAGCCGGAGCCUUCGACUUCGACUCCUCCCGUCCUCCGUCCGCGCCCCGCUUUCCCCCUGCCUCCAUCGAAAAAACUCCGCUUUUUCCCUUCCUCCUUUAUCGCCCCCUUUUCCAACCUAAACCCCUCUUUCUUUCUAGACUCUCUCGUCGGCAUGGCCUCCUGUUCCGAGCGCGAAUCACCUACCGGGAUGGCUGUCUCUUUCGCGCUUCUCCUGUCGGAUAAGUAGCUUGGAAGGGGCGUCUGGAGACUCACCAACACCCACUGCUGCUGUGUUGUGGAUCCCUGUGCGCGAUUGGUGGGGAACUUGUGGAUUCUGAGUGUUUGGCAUUGGAAGGGUGCUUGUGGUUGUGUGUUUGGGAGGUGGGAGUGGGAGUGGGGUGCGGAUGGGGAUGGACCAGGAGGAGGAGGAGCGCCGGAUGGCAAGCCUGCUGGCGGCGCGGCGGGCGCUGCGGGCUGGAGUGGACAAGUCGCGGGCUCUGAGCCGCGCGCUGGCGCGCGAGGGCUCCAGGCUGGAGGAGAUCCAGACGCGGUUGCAGGUGAUGGAGGCGGCGGUGCGCCCGAUCCGCGCGCCGCGGGAGGCGCUCGCGGCGGCCGGGCCCAACAUCGACCGCGCCGUUGGGCCCGCCGCGGCCGUGCUCAAGGUGUUCGACGCCGUGCACGGGCUCGAGCCGCCGCUCCUGGCGCGUGCCGCCGUGUCGGAGGACCUCCCGGGGUACCUUGCGGUGCUCGCGCGGCUCGAGGAGGCGCUCCACUUCCUCUCCGACAACUGCGGGCUCGCCGCCCAGUGGCUCGCCGACAUCGUGGCGUACCUCGGUGAGCGCAAACUCGCCGAUUCCCGCUUCGUGUCCGACCUCGCCGAGGCACUCGAGCAGCUCAAGAGCACCUCCGCCGACCUGGACGGCGGCCUCCUAGGCGCUGUCCUCGAAAUGCUUGAGGCUGAGUUCCGUCGAGUCCUCGCGGAGCACUCCGCUCCGCUUGCUAUGAAAGAGCCGGACAACUCCGACCCGGCGUCCAUCGCGCCUUCUCGGAUCCCCGUCGCCGCGGUGCACAAGCUCAGCUUAAUCCUUGACCGCCUCGCCGCAAACGGGCGGCUUGACCACUGCUCGGCUGCCUAUGCCGACGCGAGAGGGGAUACUGUGAGCGCCAGCCUCCGCGCACUUGGCCUUGAUUACUUGAAGGAGACGACAGAGGAUGCUCAGGCGCUCAGCCCAAGCGUUGAGCUUUGGGGCCGGCAUUUGGAGUUUGCGGUGCACCACCUCCUAGAAGUCGAGCGAAAGCUCUGUGUUGCAGUGUUUGAACGGCGACCAGAGGCUGCAUCCUUGUGCUUCGCUGAGAUUGCAGCUCGUGCCGGCAUUCUUGAUUUCCUGAAGUUUGGUCGUGCCGUGGCUGAUGCCAGGAAGGAUCCCAUCAAGCUAUUGCGGUUGCUUGAUGUGUUUGAUUCUUUGAAUAAGCUGAGGUUGGACUUCAACCGGUUGUUUGGUGGAAAGGCUUGUGUCGAGAUCCAAAGCCGGACUAGGGAGCUUGUCAAGAGGGUGGUGGAUGGUGCUGUUGAGAUAUUUGAGGAGUUGCUUGUGCAGGUCGAGCUGCAGCGCAAUAUGCCGCCGCCAGUUGAUGGUGGAGUGCCACGUCUAGUUAGCUUUGUUGCCAAAUACUGCAACCAGCUCCUUGGGGAGCAGUAUUGGUCUGUGCUGACACAGGUGAUCACCAUUCACCGCAGCUGGCGCAAAGAAGUCUUCAAUGACAAGAUGCUUGUUGAUGCAGUGCUUAAUAUUGUUAAGACCCUUGAGGCUAACUUCGAUACAUGGUCAAAGGCUUAUGAGGAUGUGACACUGUCGUAUCUCUUCAUGAUGAACAUACACUGGCACUUCUUCAAGCACCUGAAGGGUACUAAGCUGGGUGGGCUCUUAGGCGAUGCUUGGCUCCGGGAGCAUGAGCAGUACAAGGAUUACUACUCAGCAGUUUUUCUGAGGGAGAGCUGGGGAACACUUGCACCCCUGUUGAGCAGGGAGGGUCUGAUCUUGUUCUCCAAGGGCCGGGCUACAGCAAGAGAUUUAGUGAAGCAAAGGCUUAAAUCGUUCAAUGCUAACUUCGAUGAGAUGUAUCAAAAGCAGUCUACAUGGGUAAUAUCAGAUAGGGAUUUGCAGCAGAAUACGUGCCACCUUGUGGUGCAGGCUAUAGUGCCUGUUUACCGGAGCUUCAUGCAAAACUAUGGGCCGCUUGUUGAGCAGGACAUCAGUGCGAGCAAGUAUGUGAAGUACAGUGCCGAAGAUCUGGAUAAAAUGCUCAACACACUCUUCCUGCCCAAGCCAGGCAAGCCAAGGAGAGCUGGAAGCUUCCAAAUCACACAUUCAAAUGAAAAGAUUACCAGUGCAAUGACAGGAUUGCAUCGGAGUGCUUCCACACUGAAAUAGCAUCAGUGGAAGUUUGAAAAGAUUGGAUGUACAAUUUGUGCAAUAAUUUGAUAGGGAAGGAUGAAUUGCUUGGGGCCAGUCACUCUGGAUCCCCACUUGUGCGGGAGGCAAAAUAAUGACCAGAUGAUUAGAACAGCUGGAGCAUAAGAACAUAAACUUCUCCAGAACUGACAUGGUGGGGGAGAAGAUGACUGAAGUGUUUCCUCAGAGCAUAUCUAUGAGGUCGCCUUACCCUCGACUAUCAUUUCACCUUAUUUUGCAUUCUUAUCUGUAGCAGUAUACUCAGUUCAUUUUAGGAACCUAUGUGGGGAGCAGAGGAUGCGUAACCAGUUAUCUGGUACAUGUAAAAGAUUGGUUGUAUUAUAGGUGGUUAUUCGGUUGUUUCAUAUGGUAUAAGUUUUAGGGUUUAUGACCAUGCAGUGAAUUAUAUGGAGUAAAUUAUAUGUGGUGGCAAAAAUGACAGUGACUAAUUGAUCACCAACUAUAUGAGACGAUAAAUUAUUUAUUCCUUCCAAAUUUCUAUACAUUGUUA